AGACCUCCAUUCAUGAUUUUUGAAAGAGACAAAAUCAGCGGAGAGAGGAUUGGAUCAAGUGGGAUUUUGACUGAGGUUUUGAAUGUUUUUAAACAAGCUUACGGUUUUAGCUACAGACUUCUAGAGCCAUAUGAUGGUCAAUGGGGGAAAGAACUUGACAAUGGAACUUGGAAUGGCAUGAUAGGCAUGGUUAUCAGAAAGGAAGUAGACUUAGCAGCCUCCUCAAUAACCAUGACCGACAAACGUGAAGCUGUGAUUGAUUUUACCAUACCUUUCUUUCAAGAGUCAUCUACCAUCCUAUUGCCUCGAAUGCGUCAACAGUCGGAUAUUUUCAGUUUUGUUGCUCCCCUGGAGUGGGAGGUGUGGCUAUGGAUGUUCUUUUCCUUAUUUUUGGUCAGCAUGUUAAUUUAUGCUGUCAACCGACAAGUUCACCACGUGACGAUACCUUAUCCUCAAUAUACUGCUCAACUGUUCAGUCAAUGGUAUCGACCUCUGUGGUAUAACAUAGGUGCCCUUCUCCAACAAGGUGGAUUUAUGCCCUUACUACAUUCAUCGCGGAUUUUGCUGAUGGCUUGGCUAUUGGUGGUUUUAGUGGUCAUGAAUCUUUACAAAGGGACUUUAAUAGCCUUUCUGACGAUUCCUAAGACGUAUAAAUUCGCCGACAGUUUGGAAGAACUUGCCUCACAAAAUAUGAUCAAGUGGACCUUUUUGAAGAACACGGCCUAUGAGGCAUUGUUUAGUAAGAAUUCUGAUUCAGAGGUAAUGAGGAAAAUUGGAAAGCCGUUCGAUGAAAACCCAGAUGAAUUUGUCAGUACUUCUAGAGAAGGAGUAGAGAGAGUUUUAACUGGGAAAUACGCUUUUAUCAAAGAAAAGUCUUAUCUGGAAGCAUCAAUUGAAGAAGACUUUCAGCUAUCAGGACAGUGUCGAUUUUCUCUUGCAAGGGAAGAGUUUUAUCCAGUUGGAUAUGGCUUAGCUCUACAAUCCAACUCGCCCUUUCUGGAACUUUUCAAUUUGUUAAUGCGAAGAAUGAUACAGGCAGGUCUACUGGUUAAAUGGCACAAGGACUACUUUGACAUCAACAACGACUGUACAUCUUUGUCUCAGCCUAAACUAGGCGAACAUUCCCUCACCUUGAUUGACUUACAAGGAAGUUUCGCUCUCCUAGGAAUUGGCUUGAGUUUGAGUGUCUCUGCGUUUUUACUGGAACAACAUAGAUUUACAUUACACUCAUUUGCCGUUUCUAUUACUCCUCAACCAGUUGCAUAUGUAGAAGAAAAGCCUGCCAUCAAGUUGAGCCGGUUUCAGUAUCUCAUCCAUGACAUCGUUGCCGCUUUGGAAGAGGUCUGCUCGAUUCGAAAAAUAAACUUGACCUUUAUUAAAGUUCCAAGGACACUGGACGAAACGCAGCUUCCAAAUGAUAAAAGGACUUUAAAAAUUGACGCCAUAUUUUCCGUUACCUACUGUUCGUCAGAAAAGAAAAUUCGAAACUACGCAACUAAAAGCGUACUUCCGGUUUUUGUUGCACAGUUUCAAAAGUGUGGAUUUCGAAGUCUUCGGACGGUUGUGGUCAGAGCUUAUCAAAUGGAGGAAGUCCACAUAGCAGCUGGAUCCCUGACAAUAACACGUGACCGGGAAGAUGCCAUCGACUUUACUUUUCCAUUUUAUGAAGAACCAACUAAGAUACUGCUGCCACAGCCAGAAGAAGAGAGCAAACUGUGGGCAGUGGCUAAGCCGUUUCGAUGGCAGGUGAAUCAGAAGUCGUAG